AUGUUGGCACAGUAUUCCGGGUAACCUUCGGAGAAAAAGGCAAUGGAUAAUUGUGAAACAAAAAAUAGAUGAGUGACACGAAGAUUAAGUGACGAUAAUAGACGGUUCUAUUCAUGACAGGAUCAACUCGUCUCAGUGAACAGCGAAGGUUCUCGAGUUAGCUUAGCUUAGCUUGCUAGCCGCUAACAAAGAGACCCGGAAGUCAACACGUCGCUAAGCAGAGACCAAGUGUGGGUGCAAAGUGUUGCGAUUGUUUGAAAAUGUGUAAAGUCCAAAUGCUGAGAUUGUUGGUGAAUCAGCGGCUAACUGCAGCUGUCGAAGAAAUAUUCGUAGUGUUGGAAAGAACGAUAGCGGAGUACGAGGAGGAACUUUCUCGAACAAAAGAGGAGAACGAGCGACAACGUCAACUCCUGGAGGCUGUUUUCAAGAAGACUGGAGUUGUCUUACACAGAACAGAUGCCAGUGAAGAACAACUUCCCCCUGAGCAGCAUGAGUGGAACAACAAGGUGGAACAGGAGGAACCACAGCCUCCGCACGUUAAAGAGGAGGUGGAGGAUCACUGCAUCAGUCAGGAGGGAGAGCGUCUUGAAGAUCUGGAGGAAUUCUCGGUGAUUGUUGUCCCAGUGAAGACUGAAGAUGAAAGUGAGGAGAAGAGAGAGGCGGAGCGUCCAAGCAGCAGCUCGACUCAACUCCUGACAUCAGAAGCUGAAGGAGGAUCAAAAGCACUGAACCUCUUAGCUCCGCUAUCAGAUAGUGACGACUCGACGUCACACUCUCCCGACACGGAUGACGACGAUUCUGAAGCUGACAUGACACGUCACGCUGACAACACACGCUGGAAAUGCUCUCAAUGUGACAAAACGUUCGUUAAGAAGGGAAAUCUGAAAAUACACCUGAGGCUUCACACAGGAGAGAAACCUUUUGCCUGCUUAGUUUGCUGUAAAAGAUUCUCUCAAAGGUCACAGUUGAAAUCACAUGCAAGAAUACACACCGGAGAAAAACCUUUUCCUUGCUCUGUGUGCGGUAAAAGAUUUUCACACAAAGUUGCUUUAAAUAGACACACCAGAAUACACACAGGAGAGAAACCCUUUUCCUGCUCAGUUUGUGGCAAAACGUUCAUUGAGAAAUCAAAUUUGAAAGUCCAUGCAAGGUCACACACGGGAGAGAAAUGUUUCCCUUGCUUGGUCUGCGAUAAGAGUUUCUCUCAAAAAAAUGACUUAAAAAGACACACAAGAUCGCACACUGGAGAGAAACCCUUUCCUUGCCUGGUGUGCGAUAAAAGAUUCUCUCAAAAACAUGAUUUAAAAAGACACACAAGAAUACACACUGGGGAGAAACCCUUUCCUUGCUCGGUUUGUUCUAAAGUAUUCACUGACAGGUCGCAUUUGAAAGUGCACAUAAGAUUACACACUGGAGAGAAACCGUUUUCUUGCUUGGUUUGUGAGGAAAGAUUUUAUCAAAAAAAAUAUUUAAAAAUACAUGCAAGAGUGCACACUGGAGAGAAACCUUUUCCCUGAGCAGUUAUUGGAAAAAUUUAAAGUACACACGAUUCUUGUUAAAUGUGUGGUCAACCAUUUACAAAUACCACAAAAAUGACCUGGAAAACUUUAUUUAAAGGACGCAGCCAAGAUCUAAAGGUGGUGGAUGCCAUUUCACCUAGCUAGCUCUGGAUCUCAGUGCCGCCCCAGGCACUGUUCACAGAAUGAGGUGUUCAAGGGAACCGUGUAACUCUUAAUGUGAAAGUACAAGUUGCAAUAAAUACACUCAAAACACUUGAA